CCCUCUACAGGGACGUCAUGCAGGAGAACUACGAGACAGUGACCUCGCUGGGAUUCCCCCUAACCAAACCUGAACUGAUUGUCCGGCUGGAACGAGGGGAAGAGCCUUGGUUGCCUGAUCUCCAGGCCUGCGAGGAAAGAAGGCUUCCGAGAUGCAUCCAUAGAGCAGGUGCUGAGCGAGGGAGUGAGAAUGAGGAGGGGAAUCAUCAUGAGGAAGUUCCCGGGGAAGUGGAACCGCAGGGGACCUUUGUGGGAAUUGCUGAAGGGAAUUUUUCCCAGUGCUUCGAACCCAAAGAAGCCUGUGGAAAUUGGCACAGGUCAGAGAGGCUGCUAGGAAACCACUCAGGGAAGAAAGUGGAUGAAUCUAUUAACAGUGGGGGAGAAGAGGAGGAUGCCAAGGAAGAGACACCCUGGCACUACCUUCAGUGUUCGAAAGGGUUCAUUGUGAGAUCACAGCUUGUGACUCAUCAGACAAUCCUUACUGGAGAGAAACCCCUUCAAUGCUUGGACCGUGGGGAAAGCUUCAAUAAGCUCUCAGAUCUUAAUAACCAUGGGAGAGGCCACACUGGAGAAAAACCCUCUCAAUCCCUCGAGUACGGGAAAUGUUGCAUUUCGAAGACACAAAUAAUUAGACAUCAGUUAAGCCACAGUGGGGAGAGACCCCACAAGUGCUUGGACUGUGGGAAAAGUUUCCUAAGAAGGUCACACCUUGUUAAGCAUCAGGCAGUCCACACAGGAGACAGACCCCACAAGUGCUUGGACUGUGGGAAAUGUUUCACAGAGAGUUCAAACCUUGUUAAGCAUCAGGCAAUCCACACAGGAGAGAGACCCCACAAUUGCUUGGACUGUGGGAAAAGUUUCAUACGAAGGUCACAUCUUAUUCAACAUCAGGCAAUACACACAGGAGAGAGACCCCACAAGUGCUUGGACUGUGGGAAAAGUUUCAUACGAAGGUCACACCUAGUUCGUCAUCAGGCAUUACACACGGGAGAGAGACCCCACAAGUGCUUGGACUGUGGGAAAAGUUUCAUACGAAGGUCACACCUAGUUCGUCAUCAGGCAUUACACACGGGAGAGAGACCCCACAAGUGCUUGGACUGUGGGAAAAGUUUCAUACAAAGGUCACAUCUUAUUCAACAUCAGGCAAUCCACACAGGAGAGAGACCCCACAAGUGCUUGCAGUGUGGGAAAGGUUACAUACAAAGGUCAGAGCUUGUUCAACAUCGGGCAAUCCACACAAGAGAGAUUCCAGAGGUGCUUGGACUGCGGGAAAAGUUUCAUAUAGGGGUCUGACCUCAUUAAACAUGGAAAGAUCCACACAGGAUUUAAACUUCUCUGGCACAUGUCAACAAAAGAUUAAGCAACUUGAAUGUAAUUCACUCAGAUUCAACUUUUAGAGAGAGAUUUUAAAAGUAUGUCCACCUUAGUAAGCUAGAGUUUAACAUGUAAAUAUGUUUUUUGAAAGACUUGAAAGAAGAGGGCAAGUCAUGGCUGAGUAACUAAUUGCCUUCUAUGAGGAGAUAAGUGGCUCUGUGGAUGAGGGAAAAGCAGUGGAUGUGUUAUUCCUUGACUUUUGAGCUGUAUAAGUAGGGGCAUUGCCAGCAGAUUG